UCCUCCCCAUUCCAGCAGAAUCAGUCCGCUUGAGAGUCUGUGGAGGAAUCGCGAAGAGCAAGAUGGCGCUGUGUCGUUCAGCACUGAACAGCUCCCAUCAGGCUUAUUAACAAACUGCUCAUUCGGGGCUUGAAACAUUAGAAGGAAAGCACUGACAGAAUUUCCUUCUGUUAAAACCUCCUCAGCCAAACGCACAAGGAGUGCGCUCGUCGUUUGGUGCAGAGAAGCAGAAGCGCCCACCGCAGAGACCCUACAAACGAGAAUGACCAGAGAAGACUCGCAUCAACUCGGCAGUGGCUUGCGGUGAGACGCGUCUUGAAGAUAAUGCACUGCAAAACCAGUGGAUUCAUCCAGCUAUUCCCGUGUUUGAUCUCCGUGACAUGGAGGAGCGCGAGAACGACGUGUUUGAACAGAAAAUAAACUCUUGUAUUUAACAGCAGAGACACCGUUGCUGGACUUCGCGUUAUCUUCAGUAUGUCAGGGACUGUAACACUGUUGGUCAUGUCUGCGUCGUUUUUCAACCCCAGUUUUGCGCUGAGCUCUCAUUUUGACUCAGAUGGCGCUCCUCUGAGUGAUCUGUCCUGGUCGUCCUCUCUUGCUGUGGUGGCUGUGUCUUUCUCUGGACUCUUUACCUUCAUCUUCCUCAUGCUGGCUUGUCUGUGCUGUAAAAGAGGCAACAUUGGCUUUAAGGAGUUUGAGAAUGCAGAGGGAGAGGAAUAUCCAGCGGACAUGUCCACCCCGGCAUCUCCUGCAUCUCACAGCGGUCCUGACGUCUACAUCCUGCCUCUCACCGAGGUCUCGCUGCCUGUCGCAAAGCAACCUGGCCGAUCAGUCCAGCUCCUGAGAUCCACCGAUCUUGGCCGCCAGAGUUUGCUCUACAUUAAGGAGAUUGGAAAUGGCUGGUUUGGCAAGGUGUUGUUGGGGGAGGUUCACUCUGGUCUUAGCAGUACCCAGGUGGUGGUGAAGGAACUGAAGGCCAGUGCCAGUGUGCAGGACCAGAUGCAUUUCCUGGAGGAGGCACGGCCUUAUCGAUCUCUCCAGCAUCCAGCUCUAGUGCAAUGCCUCGCUCAGUGCACAGAGGUCACACCCUACUUGGUGGUCAUGGAGUUCUGCCCACUGGGUGAUGUUAAAGGUUACCUGUGCAGCUGCCGGACUGCCGAUUCCUUGAUCCCUGACCCUUUACUGCUUCAGAGGAUGGCAUGCGAAAUCACUUCAGGCCUGCUGCACCUUCACAAAAACAACUUCACCCAUAGGGAUCUGGCUUUAAGAAACUGCCUGCUAACAUCAGACAUAAAAGUUAAGAUCGGAGACUAUGGACUAUCACACAACAAGUACAAGGAUGACUACUUUGUGACAUCAGACCAGACCUGGGUACCUUUACGCUGGAUUGCCCCUGAACUGGUGGAUGAGGUUCAUGGCAAUUUGCUGGUAGUGGACCAAACCAAGGAAAGCAACAUCUGGUCACUUGGUGUAACCAUCUGGGAGCUGUUUGAGUUAGGGAAUCAGCCGUACCGCCAUUAUUCAGACCGACAGGUUCUCAGUUAUGCUGUGAAGGAUCAGCAAUUGAAGCUGUCCAAGCCUAUUCUUAAGUACCCACUUGCUGACCGCUGGUAUGAAGUAAUGCAGUUUUGUUGGCUUCAGCCUGACCAAAGGCCCAAUGCAGAAGAAGUUCAUCUUUUGCUUAGUUACUUAUGUGCCAAAGGAGCCAGUGAGGCAGAGGAAGACUUUGAGAGACGCUGGAACUCCAUGAGACCAAACACAAGCCAAGCUAAUAUUCAUGGAGCCGGAGCACUCGCAAUUGAUAUGCCAAUGUCAUCCACCACUUCGUCGUUCCCCCUGCUGGAGCAGUUUCCCAGUGGAGAUGGCUACCAUUCAGAGUCUGGAGAUGACAUCUUAACGGUUACUGAAACUAGUCAUGGCCUCAACUUUGAGUACAAAUGGGAGCAGGCACGUGCUGAGCAGCACUAUCAUUCCUCAUCCACAACAGGCACUUUGGGUCAAGGCAAUCCUCAUUGUCAGGAGGUCUACUAUCCUCCAGGAGGAAUAGUGGGGGGAUGUGCUGUUGAUGGACUUGCCCUAGGGGUUUCUCCUUCAUAUUAUGAGCCCAAACAAUUACACACCCCUGGUGUGGUGCCUGUGCUGAGUGCUCAUAGUCCAUCAGUGAGUAACGAGUACUAUAUUCGCAUUGAGGAGCCAGUACAAAGCAAUAUUGAUAUGAACUUUACCAUGUGUGCUUACAGCCCAGAGUUUGGUGGCAGUAAUGGAAGCUUUUUAACCGGUAGUGGAGACUCUGGUGAGUGUAUGAACUGUCCCCCUGAGGCUAAACCAGACAUUUACUGGUCAGCUGAAGUUCACAAAAGUGGUGCUUAUGAUUCUGACUCCAGCCCUGCUAUGUCUUUAACUAUGGAGCCUCUUUUGGGCCACGGUAGCCCCCUUAGAGCAUGGGAAUCAGGCCACUAUGUCUCAUACAAAGACAGGGAUGGAGGUUAUUACUUUGAACCAUCACCUCCUAAGGUUAUGGGCCGCUAUAUGAUACGAGACUCAACAGAAACUCUACAAGAAAGCUGGGGCUCUCGAAGUCUGAGACAAGCACUUGGGGAACUGGAGGACCCUUUAGGCAUCUCACCAUCACUUGGAAGUCCUCCACAAGGCUAUGCUGAUCCUUAUUUGGAGAGCAUUCAAGGCUCCAUUAUAGGAAAGAAUGUAACGGGUGGAUACUAUGAUAUGAUGGGCUCUUUGAGAAAGACUAUGCCAGGUGGCCACUCUGUUUGUACUGACAUAGCAUCAGGUGGUGCUGUAUUUGUAGGUCGAGAUGACAGCGAGUCUGAUGAAGAGGAAGACAUCUUUGUGGAGAGGCGAGGAAGAAGCUGGUCUGCCAGCAAUCCACCAAAUACAAACCCAAGGACCUUGCGUCAGAGGCAGGGGUCUUGUAUCCAGGAUUCCUAUGCAGACUUCCACUACACUAUGCCAAUGACUGAUAUUGAGGAUACAUGGCCAGAGCAGCAGACCCUGUCAUACCAUAUGACCAAACCUGUUGACUACUUGGAGGCACCGAUUAAAAGCAAUACUUGCUUGGUACAUGGAAGACAUGUACCUUCAAACCCUUCACCUGAGUGCAACUCAUACAUCCAUAUGUGCCACGAACCUAGAGAGGCUGAAGUAUACCCUGUGCCAUGUUGUCAAGCUUUGAGCAGUUCACAUUUUGUAGACCCUUUAACAGGAACACUUGUGAGGAACUGCUUCAUGAUUGACUGUAUUCCAGGGAAAACCAUGACCUUGCCCAACAGAGACCAACAUCUACCUUUAUCUGCUGGACAUAUAAUCUCCAAAAUAGAAGCAUCAAGGGAAGGAGCCAAACAGUUUGACAUCUCGGAGCAAUUUGUGGAUACUGCAGUAGGAGAAACAAACUUAAAACAAGAAAAAACGUUGCAUCAAGAUAUAUCUACAGCAGAUCCAAAAACUGAAAUUAUCGCCAUAUACCCACAGUUGGAAAAAUCCCCAGCAGAAUUAUCCAAACCAGAACCAGAGUCUGAGCUGAGUAAGACUGCAGACAGUGGUAUGGACCGUGGACACUCUAGUAUCAGCCUGGUUGAGAUAGAUGACUGCAGUGAUGAUGACAUCACUGACGUAACCUCAGGCAUUUUUGGUGAUUUUGCAAUUGAAGUGGAAACUGUUGACUACCCCAGUCCAGCAUUCAAGUCAUUACAAAAACAAGUUGGUACUCCAGACUCCAUGGACUCUAUUGACAUACCGUCUACUGCAUGUUCCAGUGAGACUCUCAGUCCGGCUUCCAUCCAUCCAUCAAGCUCUCCUAAGACUGUGGAUAGUGGCUAUGACACAGAAAACAAUGAAUCUCCAGAGUUUGUCUUAAAGGAACCUCAUGAGGUACAAGAUUCCAAGACUUUCAUUCAACCUUUGGGAAAGGUAACAUCUGGGACAAGUUUUGUCAGUGAAGACCAAGAGAUUACAACAACAGAAUGUGAGAAGCUUGAGGGUGAUUUUUAUACUGCAGUGGCCUUGACAGCAUCUGAGAGCAGUGAUGGAGAGCUGAAAGCACUGAGUGAUAAAACACCAUACAGAGAUUCUGCCUACUUUUCUGAUUAUGAUGCUGGCAAAGAUAAAGAAAGCGAAGAGGACAUCAAUGAACUUGAAGAUCAGAAAGACAGACCAGGGGAAAUUAUAUAUAAAGAGGAACAACUUCCUCCACAAAAGGAGACAGAUGUAGAUGAAUAUCUUAUGCCAUCUACAAAGAAGAGUGAAAAAAUCCCUGAACUGUCUGAUCAUUCAAUCUCAAACCUUCCAUCAAUGACAGAUGAAAGUUUGUCUGUGUGUGGCACAAUCUGUAGCGUGUCUCUCUCACCUCUUAAAGACGUUUCUACCAUAAAAAGUAGUUUUGAAGAUAAUGAAAAUAUUGGUGUUGUUUCAGAUCUCUCUGCAGAACUUUUAGCAUCUGAAGAACUUGGUACUGAUGGAAAGCAAGAGGAAUCUUUCAAACAAGUAGAAAGUGAAGAUAGUCUGUCUCAUGACCAAGUUACUUUUGAAGGCGAUCUUGUAAACAAGCCCAAUCCAGAGGUACUUACUGAUGAGAACGAAGAGGACAUAGUCAAAGAUGUCAGCUGUGCCAUUUUGUCCGAAGAGGAACUACAGUCUCAAAAGGAAAAAGCAGAAAAGAAUGACUCUCCUACACAUGAGGAGCUAAAAUCCAAGAGUAAGGACUGUGAAGGAGAAGGACGGAAAAGAAUCUCCGCACGAUCUGGCUCUCCUCCCCCUCCUCUAGAAGGGCGGGUUUCUCCCACAGAUGGUGAGGAGGCAGAUGAGGAAGAUGGCGACUCUGAGGACAGCGAUGAGUCUGAUGAGGAGCUGCGCACAUACAGCAUCCAAGAGCAGAGUGAAGAAAGCGAGGACGAGGUCUUGACAGUGCCCAUCAUUAUAAGUGACUGCAGUGAUGCGCACAAGCUCAGAAGCCUUCUUAAGAUGCCAACAUCUUUGCUUUCUGAGGAAACGGAGGGCAAAAAGAAGGUUGUGUCCUUCUUCGAUGAUGUCACAGUAUAUUUGUUUGACCAGGAAAGUCCAACCAGAGAGUUGGCAGAUCACAGUUUUCCCUUGGGUGGAGAAUCAAGCAAACCUAGUGCAAAGGGUAAAGCGCAGCACCAACAGGAUAAGGUCAAUGCCUCCGAUGACUCGUCGGAUGGAAACAUCUCAGAAGAGAGUGCAGGAUUUGAAUGGGAAGAUGAUUUCCCAUUGUUGCCCCUUCCCACAUCUUCCAAGGGGUCCCCUCCUGACCACACUGAAAAGCCAAACCUAGCGUCCAUUAGCCCUAAACCUGUGGCACAGGUCUCCCGUUUUACCGUUUCUCCAUCCAGCGUAUCCCGUUUCUCUAUCACUCAUGUCUCAGAUUCAGAUAUGGAUUCUGCAGGAGGGAGCAGUGAAGAUGGGGAAAAGGAGUGAAUCGUCCAACUACUGCCAACAGUGACAGACCCUUAUUUCUUUUUGUUUGUUUCUUCUUCUUUUUCUUUUUUUUUUUGAUUGAGGAGAUCAAAGUAAGAACAGGGUUUGAAUCUCUUUGGAAACAGUUUUGCAGUUUAAAUCCCCUCAAAGACAGUGCCUCUUAUUGUCAGCAAACACAGAGCGGCUCUUUUGAAGAAAAAAAACAAAAAACAUAUGGAAAUAACGAAAACAAACACAACACAAAGAAACUAAAACCAAGCAUAUAUUAUACAUGGGAGAGUGUUUGGACGGACCCGCUUAGUUUUUAUGGACCGACUGGAAACUGACUGUGACUGUUUACAACAUCAGAUACUGUAUUUUUGGAAAGUGUUGAAAAACGUUAAAUGCAUCCAUAAAUCGAACAACGCCAUCUUAGCUAAAUGUAACAAAACCAAACUGAUUUUUACUGUGAAAUAUCAAUGCAGUGUUAUUCGUGUAGAAAAGCAGUCGUUUUAAAAUGGAGAAGGCAGUUUAAUGUUUUUAUGACUACAGUGAAGUUCACAACACACAGCUGCCUUGUGUUUGUCACCUGCCGAGAGUAGCAUUGUGUUGGUGACAUGGCAUUCUGAAACCACUUCAUGAUUUUAUUAAAGUAAUCACACUGGAAUGAUCUUAGUGUUUUAAAUAUUUUAUGUUAUUUAUUUAGUUAUUAUAUUAGUGUUUUGAUUUGUAAAUUCAACUUGCACUUGAUUUUGAUAUUUUUAGCUAUUUCCAUAUUCAUGAGUUUGACAUUUGCAGCUAAAUCCAUGAAAUCUUUUGAAUCAUUAAGAUGAAACCAUUUUAAAGUAUUGAAGUUUCGAUGUAGACGAGUAGAAAAUAAUAAUCAAAAUUAAAUAUAUAAUUGAAAACAUAAUGGAGGUUUCAUGGUUUGACUUGUAUUAAGUAAUGUAUUUAGGGUGACUACUUGCAAAGAGGAAUGCUUUAAAAUUUAAAUAAUCCUGAUUCAUAUGACAUUAAUAGGCAUUUAAUUAAAAGAAUAAGCAGAAAGUGUCCACUUUACCUGCAAUCACCUCAUUCAAAUGAUGCUGUUCAUGCCCACUAGGCUAUAUUUUGAGGAUUAAAGCCGGGUUGUAUUAUGAUCAGGGUGUUAAUCAUAUAUAAACAGUAUUAUUUAUUAGCCAACAUGUUUUAUAUUUCCUUGAACUCUGAAGAACAGAAAAAACUGCAAUGCUUAAAAGACUGUCUUGCUGAACUUCAAUAGCCGUUGGACAAUAACCAAAACGGACAUACAAUUUUGUGACUUUUUUCACAAGUGUUUGAGGAAACAACAUCGAAUGUGAACAAGAAUGAUGCGACUGAGAACAGUGUACAGUACGGAUGGAUACCUGAACACUUCUGUACGUCUGAGCAAGCAUAAAUCUUGAUACUUUAUUCUCGAUAUGUUCUGUUUGUUUGCCCGCGAAGGCGUUUAUUCUACGUAAUCGUCCAUCUUAGAUCGAACUAGACAACAGUCUGUACUAUUUUUGUAUUUAAUUCAACAAUUUUAAACUACUGGAGGAUCAAAUGGAGACUCAGGUGGUAAAGGAAAAAUGUGUUUUCUGCCAAAGAAACGCAGCACAGGAUUGUGCCACAUCAUGAGUGUUUUUUUCUGAUUCAGAGUGGCAGAUUCACUGAUUUUUCCCUCACGAUGGUUUUGAAUUGCAGUAUCAUGUUAAGCGAGAGUAAGUGUUGGUCUGUUCUUCAAAGUGUCACAAACUUAGUGAGAAAAAUAAAAAUAUUCUGUUUGCUGAU